AUGGACAAUCACGAACUCACGUGCUUCCGUGUGUGUCUUGACGUCACUAUCCUUGCUUCAACUCAACGCUGGUCGCGCGGCAAGUAUUUUUCAAUGUUGCAACUACAAGAUCUUGUCAUGUCCCAGUUCCCGUUACGACAAUUCGGCCAGGUAUUGCGCAAUGCUACAUGGAAGGUUCACUCUCGCCGGACAUCUGACUUGCCUCACACUUCUACAACCAAAGUGCCUCACACCUCCUCCUCCUCCUCCCCACCCACCGCAAACAUGACAUCCACACCAACCCCCUACCCGACCAAAGCCUACACCCCCCGCUACCCAAAAUGGCCCUACUCCCCCUCCGACUUCCAACGCACCGACCCAACCCCCGACGCCCUCUUCUACCACCACCCCCGCCUCGUCACCCACAUCGACGACGCCGCCAUCACCCGGCUAACAGCCUACUACGCCGCCGCGCUGCCCCAAACCGGCACCCUGCUCGACCUCUGCACAAGCUGGAAAUCCUUCUACCCGCCCUCCCUCCACACCGCCAUCCACUCCCACCACCUCACCGUCUACGGCCUCGGUCUCAACGCCCUCGAAAUGCAACAGAACCCCGUGUUCCGCGACCAGGCUCACUGGCGCGUCUUUGACUUGAAUGCCCCGCCGUAUCAGGUCCGCGCUGCGUGGCCGCAGGUGCAAUGUGCGUUUGAUGCGGUGACGUGUGUGGUUAGUAUAGAUUAUUUGGUCGAGCCGCUGGAGGUGUGUAGGGGCUUGUUGGAUGUGACGGCCGAGGGUGGGCGGGUGCAUUUUGUGCUUAGUAAUCGGUGUUUUGCAACUAAAGUGGUGCGUAAGUGGAUGAUGUUGGAUGAGCAGGCGAGGCUCGAGCUUGUUGGAGAUUACUUGCAUUUUUCUGGCUGGCAGCAUGUCGAAAUCGUUGACUUGUGUGCGCGCGACGAGGCUGGGAAGAGGAUCGCGGAUGACACAGGGAGGGUGGUGGUUCGAGAUGCAGGAUUGCCGGAUCAUUUGGAUCCGUUAUGGGUAGUUGCAAUCAUACUUGGCCUGAUACCUGCAAUUCGUAGCAUCAGCCCCACAAAUGCAGUCGUCACGCGACCGCACACGGGGUCUGCGUGCAUGUGGCAUGUAUGUGCCUGUAUACUAUGCUGUACCAUACCAUCCUCUUCUGCAAUGUAUGUGGGGAGCGUAAUGAUUGGCGGUAAAUAUUGGGGAAAUGGCAAAGCGAAGAACGACGGGAAAGGUAACGAGAAGCGGGGAAUUGGGGCUAUGCGGACAAGUAUUUCACGGUAG